AUGUGGGUCAUGGACGUGUCAGAUGCGUCUAAAAUGGAGGAGCCACUGGUGGAUGUGCUACGGAGUUGCAGGAUGCCCGGCUGUGCGGCGCAGUACUCAGGCCCCCAAAUCCCACUCCGAUACCUUGUACCAAUGAAAUCAGCAGGUCAAUACCUUGAUAAUGAGGACACUGCGGAGCAAAGUAAUCCUCGUCCUACUCCUCGUUUGGAAAGAGUGGGGAGGGGGUCACUCUCUCACUUACUCACAGCCUCCGUAUCUAUUAUGUAUCUACUAACAGGUAGGGGCCAGACUGGUCAGGGGCAGUGCCAGCUCAGCGCAGGGGUCCUGGGGUUAAUUGUUGCUUGCUUGUUCCGGAGUAGAAAUCCGAUUGAGAGGAGGUAUAGGCAGGUUUUAUGUUCCGCAGGGAAAUAG